CUGCUCUAAGACACACAAUUCAACUUAGGAAGGGCUGUUAGCUGAUUAGUUGAAGUGAAGUGUGUCGGAAGCAGGGAAAACUAAACAGGGGGUUCUCCAGAGCCAGGGUUGUACAGGAUUAAACGGCGAAGGAGAGUAUAUAUAUAUAUAUAUAUAUAUGAAGCGAAAUAAACUGACCAUGCGUAUACUGGGUAUGUUUUCCCUGCACAUCCCUGUGUGUGUUAGCGUUUUCCCUGCUCUAACACACACAGUUCAUCUCAGGAAGUGCUGGUAAUUAGCUUAUAAGUUGAAUCAGGUUCAUUAAAGCAGGGAAAACAGUAAAAUGUGCAGGACAGGGGGUACUCCUUAGGAGCCUGUUGUCAGGACCAUGCUCCUCUGACCUCUUUCGUCAACAAUGCAGAAUACUACACACAUUUCCCAAAACUACAAACACAAAGCCCAGUAUUAUAAUACCUAUUCUCAAAUCAACAGUGAAAAUAUUUCUCAGAAAAACGUGGUUCUUCCCCAAACUGUUGCUACAAAGUAUGAAGCACACAGUUGCUUAGAAUGUUCAAGAUUCAAAGAUUUUUAUUUGUCACAUUCACAAUUAUAUACCGUACAUAACUCACAGUGAAAUGGAAAUCUGGCCUGCUCCUCUUUAGACUGUGCAUUAAAUACUAAAUUAAAGCUAAAAUUUAAAAAUCAGAAAUGAAUAACAAAUAAUAAGAAAUAAGAUAAUAAAUAUGAAAUAUAUGCAAAAACGGAUGUAUAAAAUAUGCAGUAUGUUACGUGCACAGUGUAGUGUGUGGACUUUUGACCCCAUAGUGAACACUGAGCAUACAUACACACACUGACUAGCAAGUGACACACUGUUUUGCAAAACACAAAGCACUCUUGUGAAACUACACACACCACAAAAAACAGAUAUUGAAUUACUGAUUAAUUAAUUAAUUAAUUAAUUUUGCAAUUAAUUUUGAAUUUAAACAAGUAGAUCACUGAAAAAAAUACUGUUACUGUGCAGAGUGAUGGUAGAGUCCUUGUGGAGUCCUAAGGGAUGUAUUUGUAUGCUGUAGCUUUACAGUUUCCCUUCACAGAAACUAAGAGGCCCAGACCUGUUUCAUCAUGACAAUGCCCCAUGCACAAAGCGAGCUCCAUGAAGACAUGAUUUUCUAAGGUUGGGGUGGAAGAUCUCGAGUGUCCUGCACAGACAUCUGACCUCAACCCCACUGAACACCUUUGGGAUGAACUGGAACACUGACUGCACCCCAGACCUUCUCGCCACACAUCAGUGCCCCACCUCACUAAUGAUCCUGUGGCUGAAUGAACACACAUCCCUACAGCCACGCUUCAAAAUCUGGUGGAAAACCUUCCCAGAAGAGUGGAGCUUAUUACAACAGUAAAGGGGACUAAAUCUGGAAUGGGAUGUUCAAUAAACACAUAUGGAUGUGACGGUCAGGUGUCCACAAACUUUUGACCCCAUAGUGAACACUGAGCAUACAUACACACACUGACUAGCAAGUGACACACUGUUUUGCAAAACACAAAGCACUCUUGUGAAACUACACACACCACAAAAAACAGAUAUUGAAUUACCGAUUAAUUAAUUAAUUAAUUAAUUUUGCAAUUAAUUUUGAAUUUAAACAAGUAGAUCACUGAAAAAAAAAGAUUUCAAGCAUCUUCUUGUCAAUCACUAGAACUGACAGGCUGCUUUUUAACACGUUUAACAUUUUAAUAUCUGCUUUUAUGCAAUAUAUUUUGUAUUAUAAUGAAUGUACAGUUUCUGAGCCCUCCACCCACAGGACACGUCUAAAUGUGUAUCGAUCGCACCAUCUGCACACAAGAGCCUUAUCUGUCUUUUCUAGUGGGGGAAUUAUUCGGUGUUGUAGUAGGCCUGGUGAAGAGACCCUCCUCCACACUGUAAAGGCUGUAAUAUGCGCUCAGCAGCAGGAAGCACGCCACCGCGCUCCACCGCGCGCCCCCGCGUCCUGCGCCAUCACUGCGCGCUUUACGGUAAUGGUACUGAUGAGGGAUGAGUCAGGCUAUAUGAUGCUGAUGAUGCUGCCAUUUCAUCAGCAAAUUUUACAAACAUUCUUUCAUCCAUUAUUAUGAGAUUGAAGAUUCGAUUUUGCAAAUGGAUUUUUUAAAAAACAAUCCUGAGUAUUAGGUGACACUCUUGCUCAGUGAUUAUGGUUCUCGGUGUGAUUGCACUGUUGUAACGGAAACUAGUUGCUAUUAUUUGUAAGAAAACCUGCUCGGAUGUGUGUGUGGAUGCUGUGCUUGGGGACGCCUCUUGUUUUUCACACCGACACACAAUGAAGAUCAUGGGGUUUGCCUUUGCAAGACAUUAAGAAGCUUAACUGAGAUCUCAUGAGAUAUGGAAGCUAUAUGGCUAUACCAGUUCCGAUUGAUCGUCAUUGGCGACUCGACAGUGGGCAAGUCUUGUCUGAUCAGGCGUUUCACAGAGGGGCGUUUUGCACAGGUGUCUGACCCCACCGUUGGAGUGGAUUUCUUUUCCCGUCUGGUGGAGAUUGAGCCAGGCAAACGCAUCAAACUGCAGAUCUGGGACACGGCUGGACAGGAAAGGUUCAGGUCUAUCACCAGGGCUUACUACCGUAAUUCAGUGGGUGGCCUGCUGCUCUUUGACAUCACUAAUCGUCGCUCCUUCCAGAAUGUUCAUGAGUGGCUGGAGGAGGCGCGCAGCCACGUGCAGCCGCACAGCAUCGUCUUCCUGCUGGUAGGCCACAAGUGUGACCUGGAGCCGCAGCGGCAGGUGAGCCAGCAGGAAGCGGAGAAGCUGGCGGCCGCCUACGGCAUGCGCUACGUGGAGACGUCGGCGCGCGACGCUAUUAACGUCGAGCGGGCUUUCACAGAGCUGACACGUGACAUCUUUGAGCUUGUCAAACGAGGUGACAUCACCAUUCAAGAAGGCUGGGAGGGGGUGAAGAGUGGCUUCGUGCCCAACGUAGUGCACUCAUCUGAGGAGGUGACCAAGAGCGAUCGCCGCUGCCUCUGCUGAUUGACCAUGCCCUGCAGCUGCGUCAUGCUUCUCUUCUGCAAACCCAGUCAUAUUGUGCUCCUUUAGCUUGGCCUCUUACACUGCCUUCUCGAUCGGUGAGCUCCUGAACACAGCUGUAUAUAGCAGAACCCAGAUCCAUUUUAGGACACAUCUAGGUUCCUUCAACCUCACUCCUGUGUAGUUCUGCACAAACCCAGGCCUUGAUCUUGUUCAAGUAUCAGUUUAAAGCUAAUGAAAGCCCCAUUUUUAGUGCAAAGCAAAGAGCUCUGGACUAAACUGGAUGGACCAUGCACGGAAAAGUGUAACCAGAAGAGUGUUACAUUAGGAAUGCUUAAAUAAGUGAAUGCAUUGCCUCCUUGACCUAGUCGUGGUCUUUUGAACCCAAGACAGAAGACAAAUUCAGCAAUCAGUUUCCAGUUCUCCUGCAACCUAUAUGAUUUGUGGAGACAUGAAAAGGGGGAAUCAUAUAAAUCAAAGUAUCACUACAUCUUUGGUUGCCACAUUGUGUUCUACAUUAUUAUCAUCUAUUUGCUAUUUAUCUCAUUUUAAACAUUUUAAAGAACGUGGGCUGUUUUCAGAGGAAGCAUGCAGUGAGCUUUCCAUUGAGCUUACUUGCUAAUCUGAUUUGCAUAUCUAACUCCAUCACUGCUAUGAAUACAAACUCCAUAAUUUGGUUAUUCGUAAAUGAUUCACUCACGUGCAGUAACCUCUGACGUUUGAUUAUAAAUUGGGAUGUCAGCUGGGACAUUUCAGAGAUUUGAAGAAGGACAACAGUGUAAAGCAAACACCGGUCACCUGAUACAUUCCGUUCCGAAAUUUUACACAGUUUUUAAAAUGACAUCUUAUUUAUCCUCGCUAUUAUUCUAGCAUCUUGUCCCUUUUCCUUUCUGAUCCAGUCUUUAAACGAACAUUCGGAAUGGGAUCUUCUUUAGAGCUUUAACUAUUUCAUAUCCAUCAAAAAAUGUAUUGUUUGACUAUUAACCAAUACAUUGUCAUUUACCAGGUUGAAACAACUAUUAGCUAUGUAUUUAUUGAUCUUGUAUGAAAGAUGAAAUGUAAUACCAAUAAAAUGUGACAUGAAAGAUUAUUAAUGAAAGACUA